AUAAACACCCCGCUUCCUCCCUCUGUUAUUAUUACAGGCACAGCCAGUACGGUACUUUAAUGAUGGUGAUACAAACCAAAAAGCUGUUUCCUUUCAGAGAGGGAGUGGAAAUCUGAGAGGGUUUCGCGGCAACGGCAAUGGCGGAGCAGGGUAACCGCUGGAGCUGGGACGUCGCCGGCUUCGAGCCUUGGAAGUCGCCGUCGCCGGAGCAAAACGAUCAGAAACCUACCGCGCCGUUGGCGAGGAGAAACUCCACCACCUCCUCGGUUCCUCCACACUCCGUGGCUUCCAAAGUUGAAGGGUUAAGAGAAAAGGUUAAGCUUGCUAGAAUUGACUACCUGCAGUUAAGACAAGAAGCAAGUGAACUUCAAGAAUAUUCAAAUGCAAAACUUGACCGAGUUACACGAUAUCUUGGUGUACUUGCAGAGAAAACACACAAGUUAGAUCAAGUUGCCCUUGAAACUGAGGCAAGAAUGUCUUCUGUGAUCAAGGAGAAGAAGAAAUUGUUCAAUGACUUAUUGACAUCUAAAGGAAACAUACGGGUAUUCUGCCGUACUAGGCCAUUAUUUGAAGAUGAAGGUUCCUCAGUUGUUGAAUUUCCAGAUGAUUAUACCAUCCGUGUAAAUACUGGAGAUGAAUCCUUGUCUAACUCGAAGAAAGAAUUUGAAUUUGACAGAGUUUAUGGACCUCAUGUUGGACAGGCUGAGUUGUUCAGUGAUGUUCAGCCAAUGGUGCAAUCAGCUUUGGAUGGAUAUAAUAUUUCCUUAUUUGCAUAUGGACAAACGCAUUCUGGAAAGACGCACACUAUGGAAGGAUCAAGCUAUGAUAGGGGUUUAUAUGCUCGCUGUUUUGAGGAGCUGUUUGAUUUGUCCAACUCGGACACAACUGCUACUUCUCAAUAUACAUUCUGCAUUACUGUUUUUGAGCUGUAUAACGAACAGAUAAGGGAUCUGCUUUUGGAGUCAGGGAAAAGCUUGCCUAAAUUGUGUUUUGGAUCACCUGAAUACUUCAUAGAACUAAUGCAGGAAAAAGUUGAUAACCCUCUGGACUUUUCUAGGGUUUUGAAAGCCGCAUUCCAGGGUCGAGGAAAUAAUCCAUUAAAGAUUAAUGUUUCUCAUUUGGUUGUUACAAUACACAUAUUUUAUAACAAUUUGAUCACCGGUGAAAACUCAUAUAGCAAGCUCUCUUUGGUUGAUUUGGCCGGAAGUGAAGGUUUGAUAACAGAAGAUGAUAGUGGUGAGCGUGUCACAGAUAUGCUUCAUGUUAUGAAGUCACUUUCAGCGUUGGGAGAUGUUUUGUCUUCUUUGACAUCAAAAAAGGAUGUUAUUCCUUAUGAAAACUCGAUGCUAACGAAACUAUUUGCAGAUUCACUUGGUGGGAGUUCAAAAACUCUGAUGAUUGUAAAUGUGUGUCCAAAUUCUUCAAAUUUAUCAGAGUCAUUACUGUCACUCAAUUUCUCUGCCAGAGCUCGAAAUUCUGUAUUAAGCCUUGGAAACCGAGAUACAAUCAAGAAGUGGAGAGAUGCUGCAAAUGAUGCACGUAAGGAGUUAUAUGAGAAGGAAAAAGAAAUCCAAUAUCUGAAACAAGACGAUCUGAGACUUAAGCAAGCACUUAAAGUUGCAAAUGAUCAGUGUGUUCUGCUCUUCAAUGAAGUACAGAAGGCAUGGAAAGUUUCUUCUGCAUUGCAGACAGAUUUAAAGUCAGAGCAUAUUUUGCUGGCCGAUAAUUAUAAGGUAGAGAAAGAACAAAAUGCUCAGCUUAGAAAUCAAGUCGCUCAUAUGUUACAGUUAGAACAAGAGCAAAAUUUGCAGAUACAACAGCGCAAUUCAACCAUCCAAAAUUUGCAGGCUAAAAUUGGAAGCCUUGAAAUACAACUCAAUAAAGCUCUGGGAUCCAUUAACACUGGGUCAAAUGUUGGCCCUGAAACUGUGUCUGCAGCUCUAUCAAAUUCCAGGACAACAGGGGAAGGGAUGGAUUCAUCUGCAGUAACCAAGAAACUGGAAGAGGAACUCAAGAGACGCGAUGCUCUGAUUGAGAGGUUGCAUGUAGAAAAUGAGAAAUUAUUUGAUAAAUUGACUGAGAAAGCAUCUCUGGCUGGAUCACCUCAGCAGUCAAGUCCAUUAUCUAGGGGAUCAGUUGAUGUUCAGCCUCAAAAUAUUGGAAGGAAUGACACUAGCACCACUGCUAGAGCUCGUUCUGUGGAUGUUCUUCCUUCAUCUUUGAUGAUAGAUAAGAAUGAUGGCACUGUUGCUUUAGUUAAAUCUGGUUCCGAGAAAGUUAAGACUACCCCUGCUGGGGAAUAUCUUACUGCUGCCCUGAAUGACUUUAAUCCUGAUCAAUAUGAAGGACUUGCUGCCAUUUCUGAUGGUGCAAACAAGCUUCUGAUGCUGGUUCUGGCUGCUGUCAUCAAAGCUGGUGCCUCCAGAGAACAUGAAAUACUUGCUGAAAUUAGAGAUGCUGUUUUUUCAUUUAUUCGUAAAAUGGAACCUAGGCGAGUAAUGGAUACCAUGCUUGUUUCCCGUGUUAGAAUCUUGUAUAUAAGAUCUUUGCUUGCUAGAUCACCAGAGUUGCAAUCCAUUAAGGUAUUGCCAGUUGAGUGCUUUCUUGAAAAGGCCAACACUGGACCCAGUAGAAGUUCCAGCCGAGCAAGCAGUCCUGGAAGAUCUUCCAUGCAAUAUGUUGAUGAGCAGAUCCAGGGAUUUAAAGUGAAUCUAAAGCCAGAAAAGAAAUCCAAAUUUUCAUCUGUUGUGUUGAAGAUACGUGGAAUUGAUGAAGAAACCUGGAGACAGCAAGUAACAGGGGGAAAGCUUAGGGAAAUUAGUGAGGAAGCAAAAAAUUUUGCAAUUGGAAACAAGGCUCUUGCGGCACUAUUUGUACAUACUCCAGCAGGAGAGCUGCAGCGCCAAAUUAGAUUCUGGCUUGCAGAGAAGUUUGAUUUUCUAUCUGUUAUGGGAAAUGAUGCACCAGGGGGGACAACUGGUCAGUUGGAACUUAUUUCAACUGCAAUUAUGGAUGGUUGGAUGGCUGGACUUGGCAGUGCUCUGCCUCCCCAAACUGAUGCCCUUGGCCAACUUUUAUUUGAAUAUUCAAAACGUGUCUAUACUUCUCAAGUGCAGCACUUGAAGGAUAUUUCUGGUACCUUGGCAACAGAAGAGGCUGAAGAUGCAGCACAAGUUGCCAAGUUGCGUUCAGCUCUAGAAUCUGUUGAUCACAAAAGAAGAAAGAUUUUACAACAAAUGAGAAGUGAUGUAGCUUUGCUGACAUUGGAAAAUGGUGGUUUGCCUAUUCAAAAUCCUUCUACUGCUGCUGAGGAUGCACGAUUAGCAUCUCUCAUUUCACUUGAUAGAAUAUUGAAGCAAGUCAAGGAUAUAUCUAGACUUUCUACUGUGAACACCAUUGAGAAAAGUAAGAAAAGAACAGUGCUCGGUUCUCUUGAUAAAUUGACAGAACAAAUGUCUUCACUUCUUGAAAUUGAUCAUCCAUGUGCUCGGAGGUACAUUGCAGAUGCCCGCAGAAUGGUUGAGUCAAUUCCUGAAGAAGAUGACCGCAUUCAAAAUCUAUCACAUUCUCGCAAGCCAUCAACUGAUACAGACUCGGGAUCUGGAACUGAUGUGGCACAGUGGAACGUCCUUCAAUUCAAUACGGGUAAUACCUCACCAUUUAUAAUCAAAUGUGGAGCAAACUCAAAUUCAGAACUAAUCAUUAAAGCUGAGGCUCGAGUUAAGGAACCUAAAGGUGGCGAGAUUGUGAGGGUUGCCCCAAGGCCGUCUAUUUUGGAAAAUAUGAGCUUGGAGGAAAUGAAGCAAGUAUUUGCUGAACUACCUGAGGCUUUAAGCUUGCUUGCCCUGGCAAGGACUGCCGAUGGAACUCGAGCACGGUAUUCUAGAUUAUAUAGGACCUUGGCUAUGAAGGUUACAUCACUUAAAGAUAUGGUCAGUGAGCUUGAAAAAGGGGGUGCACUGAAAGAUGUGAGAACAUGACCUUUCAAAUGGAAAGAUGUUCAUGAAAUUUACACUAUAUGCCUCGAGUAGCUUGCAUUUGAGGCAUCGGCUUUUUGGGGGGUUCAUUGAGUGGUGGGGAACCAUCGUGUGCAUUAUGUACAAUUGUUAUUUUGUGUGCUCAUUAUUGCAUUUAGUUGUAAUUAUCUCAGUAUUUUUUCGUAUUGCAGUUUUGUUUAUCAGGUGUAAUCAAUCCAAAGAAUUUGAGUCCAAAGGCUUAUUUUUUA